ACUCCUCCCGCCGCCGCCGCAGAUUCUUCCUCGCGACUCGCCGCUCGCCCGACUUUCCGAGCUCCGACACAAAGGUCUGAGUGUCUGACUACCACGCUGCACCUACGACCUCGAGGCGUCUCCACCACGCCACUGGCAAACUAACUCACUUUACAGGAGCACCAUGGGAGAGCCGAGCAAGGAGCUCCUGGACCUGCCCUCCGACCCCAGGCCUCCCGCCUCCUUCAUCGAGUCGCUUCUCGCUGGCAGGGAGCAGCAGCAGCAGGAUAAGGAGGGAAAGCGUAAGUUGGGGGCGUCCACUGAUCCCCUACCCAAAAGCCAAGUUAUCGGGAAAGUGAAGGAUUUCUUGGGGGAGAUUGCAAGGGCCAACCAAAAGUUGCAGCUUGAUGCACAGAACAAGCCUCCUGUGGAGUACGAUAUUGAAGCCCUUACUGGGAACGAGGAGCAAUACAUUGAGAUGGAUCUGCUUCUAGGUGUCGCUGAUCUUCAUUCAGAGCAGGCUGUGGAGGCAGCUGAAGCGACAAUAAACGGCCGCCAGACUUCAGAAAUGUCAUUUGCUUGCAGCUCAUCUGACUCGGAAGAUGAUAGUGAUGACAGCGAUGAAGAUGCUGAUGACAAACCUGUCAUGUCUGACAAAGAUAAUAAGUGUAAAAGUCCUGAUGACGCGGAGAUGGGUCCAGCGAAAGGAAAGAAGCCCAAUAAAAGACAGAAAAUUGUUGUUCUCAACUAGUACCCUUGUCUUUUGUACACCUAAGAACAAGGGCUGGAGCCUAGUUCAGAAGGCAGAGCGCAAGUGGUGAAUGUGUUGGCCUGGUAUUAUCAGAAGUUAUUUACUCCUUC